CAACACUUGAAAAUCCCCUGGGAAGUCAACCAUUAAGGUGAGCCCUAUCUUCCGUCCCACUGGCUCCCUUGCUGCAGUGUUCUCUGGUUGCUGGGCGCUAAAGCAAACCAAAGCUCUGUUUACUGAGUCUACUAUUACAAUACAGCUACCAAAUAUUUGCCAGCCGUCAGUCCAGCUCCACUAUAAAUACUUCAGCCCCAGGUGGAGGGAUGGCCAGGGGAGAGAAAGAGCCUGGGAUGCUACGCAUGGCACGGCUGCAGCAGCGAGCGUGACUGCAUGGCCCAGCAGCAUCCAUCCAUACACAGCGAGGCAAGAUGGCUGCAGGAGUGAUCAGGAACCUGGCAGAGUUCAGGCUGCCCGCUUCCUUCCAACGCUCAUUCCUCCACCCCAUCCCAUCCCAGGACAUGGACUUCCAAGACCUGUCAGAGGAAGAGGAGGAGGAGGUGGAAGAGGAAGAGGACUACGAUGUGGAAGAGGACAGCCCUCCCUGUCACAGUCCUGGCACAGAGGGGCAGAAAGUCACAGCUGGUUGCAGCCAGAAUGACGCAGAAAUGACCCUGCAGCUCCUGAAGUUCUCCGAGCUGAUCAGCUGCGACAUCCAGAGAUACUUUGGAAGGAAGGCCAAGGAUGAGGACCCCGACUCCUGCAACAUCUACGAGGACUGCUUCUCUCCCCGCCGGCUGGGGCGGGAGCUGUACUACGCAGACCUGAUGCGACUCGCCCAGAGUGGCGAGCUGGAUGACGAGGAUGCCCAGGGCCCUGCGGCACCCCCGGGGCAGCUCGACCAGAGGGUCUGGAGGUCCAUUUGUAACAAGGACGGGGCACAGAAGCUGGGGCCAUUAGCGGAGCUCUUCGAAUACGGCUUGCGCCGCUUCCUCAAGCGGAGGGCGGCUGACGGCAGGAAGCUGCGGCUGGAGAAGAAGUAUGCCCACAUCAUGCCUAUGCACAAGAGGAAGUUGCCACAGUCCUUCUGGAAGGAACCGUCACCUGGCCCCCUGUGUAUCCUCAACACAAACCCGCCUGACUUCAGCGACCUCCUGGCCAACUGGACAUCAGAGCCUGGGCAGGAGCUGCCCAGCACUGGCAGGGAGCUGGCCGGGGAGCUGGCCAGGCCGGCCAUGGAAACCGAUCAGUUCAGUGUGCUGUGAGGCAGAGGAACUGGGAACCCAGCCAGCCCCACCAGGGGCCCCUGUGCUGGACAGACGCUCUAUGCCCAUAAAGUGCUGAGGAUGGGAGCACCAUGCCCACCCGCAGUUCUGACUCCAGACGGAACCAAGCCCCCAAACCGACACCUGGCCUAUGUACCAUGGGCCUUAGCCUGCUCUCACCCCUUAAACCUGACAGACUCUGAGUCCCUCCCAGCUGCAGCACCAGCCUUUGUGCCCAUCCUGUAAAACCAUCCACGUCUGUGUGUCCUGCAGGGAUGUUGGGCAGUGUCAGGCUGCAGCUGCUGCCAUCUGAUAGUUGCAUCCCCACCAUGUGCCAUGCUGGUUAAUGAUAAAGCUCACUCCCUUUUUAUGAGACAGGGCUCUGAUGCCAUGGGUGGGGGUUGGGAGACACGUCACCUGGGAUUUACCAGCAGCCCAGACCCGGGCUGUGGCAAUGGGGGUGUUUGAGUUUAUUUUCCUCGGAUUGCCAUGGCACUGGCUAGGGCGAAUAAACGCUUCUUUUGAGCGCA